UAUAACUGCCCUCAACCCCAUAACUUCCCCUGCUGCCCCCAACCCUAUAACUGCCCUCAACCCCAUAACUUCCCCUGCUGCCCCCCAACCCUAUAACUGCCCCUGUGCCCCCCUCCACGUGACCGCAGGUCACGUGCGCAUCAGACCCCGCCCCCACCGCCAUCUCGCGGCCCAACGGGGCGGGGCUCGGUGACGUUCGCUGGUGGGGCGUGGUUUGGUGACGUCAGUUGGGCGGGGCCGCGAGGGGCGGGGCAUGCGGCGGGAGCGGCGCGCGCCAUGGGGGCGGCGGAGCAGGACGUGUACCGGGACACGUGGGUCCGAUACCUGGGUUACGCCAACGAGGUGGGCGAGUCGUUCCGCGCGCUGGUGCCGGUGCCGGUGGUGUGGGCCAGCUACGGCGUGGCCACCGCCUACGUGACCGCCGACGCCAUCGACAAGGGCCGGAGAGCGGCCACCGUGCACACGCAGGACCCCACGCGGGUGGGGGUGGCCGUGGUGGACACCUUCGUGUGGCAGGGCCUGGCCUCGGUGGCCAUCCCCGGCUUCACCAUCAACCGGCUCUGCGCUGCCUCGCUGGCCCUGCUGGGGACCCUGACCCGCUGGCCCCUGCCCCUGCGCCGCUGGGCCACCACCGCCCUGGGGCUGGCAGCCAUCCCCCUCAUCAUCACCCCCAUCGACAGGACUGUGGAUUUCCUCAUGGAUUCCAGCCUCCGCAAACUUUACGGGACACCAGGAGAGCCCCCGACACCCCACUGAGCUCCUCCAGCCCUGCACAUGCUGGGGGAACCAAGGCACUGCUGUGACCCACCUACUGUGACCCCUUGCUCCGGUGACAACCCCGGAGUGGCCACCCUGCCCCACACUGGUCCUAAUAAACCAUUUCAAACGUGA